AUGUCCACCACAUGCAAAGAUCUUAGCACAUCUUCGAAGCCAUUUAUAUAUCACAAGAUCUCCCUGGACUGGACCACUCGACCUCUCCGGCGUCUUCUGCAAUUACUCCGACGGAUAUUUCAGGACCCCGAGGCCGCAUCCUACAUACAGCAUGUCAGCUUCCUAUCCCUGGAUUCGGAACCAUGGCAGGAUACCCAGCCAGAGAUAAAUUGGGAAGAGGAGUCGACGUCUUUUCAAGAUGUGAUUAGCCAGUCAAUAGAGAUUGUGCAUCGUGCUCAGUUUCCCAAUCCGGAUACCUGGCACCUGCCUAUCCAAGGUGGAAAUAUCUACUGUUUUGCAGCUAUUUUUAUUUCUCAGCUCCCGAAUAUAAAGUCGAUUCGGCUAGAUUAUUCAUUGGUAUGGUGGGAUGGAUUCACCGGGAUUAUGCUGAAACAGGCCCUUCUCUCCCCGAAUGGCAUACUGUCGACAUUCCAACAUCUUGAGACAGUGGAUUACGGGGCGAAUGUGCCGAUCGCUGAAAAUGAAGAUAUGUAUAGCAACAAAUACCCCGACAGUUAUCCUCCAUACAAUCCUGAUCAGUUCAUGGCUUGGUUCUGCUUACCGUCUUUGCGCUAUCUCAGGAUAUGGCUUCGAGAUAUUGGAGAGCUGCAGGAAAGCAAAUUUGAUCUGGAUCUCAGUAAACUAGAGACGUUGGUGCUCGCCCGCACUACAAUUUCUGAAAAAGAGAUAAACUUUCUUCUUUCCCGAACACCAAAUCUAAAGAAUCUACAUCUUGGAAUGGCGUAUAGAUAUGGAACGCAGCUGGUACUAAACGACGCCCCGAUGCUAGCGCAAGCCUUGGUAUCUGUGAGCCAGACCGUGGAGCAUCUUUCCCUGGGGAUGGAGUAUUACCCUUCAAAUCUGGGCGAUCGGUAUUGGUAUGAGGUGGAUGAUCAUAUCCGUGAGCCUUUUCUUAAUAUUCUGAACAAGUUUCCAAACCUUCAAUCAGCAGAGAUGCCGCUCUGCGUUCUUAUGGGCUGGUAUGUCGAAGAUGCGGCGGAACUCGGCUCUCUAUUGCCCAAGCCGCUCCGCAAGCUGGUUCUACGAGACGAUAUGAUCAGCUUAUAUGACUUUGAUUGGGAAGAGGAUUAUACGAUUGACCUGCUCUAUCGCUUCUUGCCCAAUGUGCGCACCUACACUCCUUCUCUGGAGAUGAUAACCCUGCGUGUAUGGGACCAGAAUCACACCGACUACUAUGAUGAACAGGAAGAACAGUUGAGCCAUGCUUGUGCAAAAGUGGGCCUAACGCUAGAUGUGAUUGUGGAUGAUCUGGGAUCUGAAAGAAGAGAAAAGGACAAGAAAUACCUCAUGUUCUUCUACGAUAACUUUCAUUCAUAUAACUAUAUUGCCUGCCACUAA